CUACACGCACAGUCUAAACCCGGCCGUCGGUCCAUUAACGUCGCCAGGAAAUGGGCGAUUUGCACUUCACGUUGAAGGACUGUGACGAUGUCGUCAAGCAGUGCCUGCAAACCACCGAAGUACGCACCACCGACUUCGAGAUCAUUCCCCGCCACAACGACAACUUCAUCUUCAAAAUAACCAUCGACCGCCCGGAUAAACAAACCUUGUACUUCUACGCCAAGUCCAAAUGCAGUAGGCCACGAAACGUCGCGAUUUUCGACGGUUUUAAGGGGUUCGACGCGAAAAUCGCGCCGAAGUUCGUCUGUGGUAAGUCGGACUUGCUAUUUUUUGAAGACUUGACGUGUCAAAGGUUUCAGACUAACCUGGGUUUGUUUGAUUUGAGGCACGUGAGGGGGGUUUUGGGGGUGUUGGCGGAGUUUCAUGGAGCUGGGUUGGCGUUUGAUAGAACUGGGACGAAAAAACUCCAGGAGUACGGGUUGGAAACUUCCAACUUCCAUGUCGACGAAGUGGGGGAUUUGGUUUGGGGGUUAGUUGACAAUAAGGAGGUUGUUGACGAGGUUAGGAAAAAUUUAGACGACAGACAAGAAUCUAAGUUUGCUAAGACGUUGUGUCAUGGUAAUCUGACUUGGAGGAAUAUUUUGUUCCACUACGCCAAUGGGGUGCCAGAUGGGUGCAAGUUGGUCAAUUUUGGCGGGAAAUUGUACGCACCUCCGGCGUACGACGUCCUACAAGCAAUUUUUUUCAACACGAACGAAAAUUUCAGACAAUGUGAGUUACAAAAUUUAGUGAUUUAUUACCACAAGAAGCUAGACGAAGCACUGAAGAAGUAUGACCUCACGAUUGAGGAAUUAUUGCCUUUAGAACAAUUCCAGUUGUCAAUUCAAGACGUCUUACCUUUAAUUAAAAUAGAAAAUGUAACGCUGAACAAAAAAGAUGGUGACGAUAGCGCUAGAUUAGCACUAAAGGAAGCACUAGAAUUUUCUAGAUUGACAAGAGAAGACUGCUAUGUCGUUGUCAAAAAUGCAAUCAACUCGUACGACUAUGAUCUUCAAUCAUUUCACUUAAACCACGAGCGAUUGACUAUCAAAAUUCGUCACAACUUGGACGACAAAAUCAUCAACUGCAUCGUCAAGACUAAGUCAAAAGACGACAGUUUUAAGAAAGAACUGUUCAUCUAUGGUACUUUUGUGCCGAAACUCCACCAACUAAAUAUUUCACUAAUCAACGAUUGUCUCCCUCAGUGCUACCACCACAAACCCGAAGAUCUAGUUCUCGAAGAUUUACAAGACUUCGUUUGCCAAAGUGAACCCUUUGACUUCCAACUAUUGUCUAUUGUGGUCAAAAAGUUGGCACAAUUCCACGCUUGCAGUUUCCUUAUCGAAGAAGAAAUGUCGAAGAAACUGAAGACCACGUAUCGACUGACGUCAGACUACGACGACGCCCUCAAAGACUCCUUUUUCGUUUCCAAUUUAAACCUAGUGAAAGACAGUCUACAUCUGUUUCCACACAAAGAAGACAACCUGACGAAACUGCUGCCAAACCUAGUCGAAAAUUUCGCCAAACCUAGUGACCGUUUUCGCAACGUGGUGUCAAUCGGAGUUCUAUCAAGCUCAAAAAUUCAGAUACGGUCUGACAAUGUCGAUUGUCGAUUUGUCGAUUUUCAAACCGCUACUUAUUGUCCUCCAGCCUUUGACUUUCUGUCGCUUCUUUACUUGACAACCCAAAACAACGAAAACGAACUGAAGAAAAUCUACCACGACGAGCUCGGGAAAAUCGCAGCUGCGCAUAACCACAACCUGGAAAAAUUUUUCUCCUACCACGAGUUCGUCGACAGUGUCGAAUUUUACAGACCUCAAGUCAUAAUGCAAGCUUUGAUCUACAACUCCAACAAAGAACAACAACUUAGCGAAAACCCGACGUCUAGACUUAAGCUCCAACAACUCGUUGUCGAUCUGUACGAAGUGUGUAACAAGUUGCCUAAUGUUUAGCUCAACGAAAUAAAUUCUUGUCUUCA